AGAUCAUUGAAACUGUGUGAAGAUGUAAUUAGUAUCGAUCCAGAUAAUAGUUUAUACAAAACCCUGCAGGAAAACUGUUCAUUACUUAAAACCCCAACAGAAGACCAACAAAGUGUUACAUUAAAAUCAACCCACUGUAAUGAAGCAGCGGAAUCAGGGUGUGAAAUUAAUACUAUUACUAAUCUGGCGAAUGGCGAAUCUCUUGCUCCCGAAACAUACCAAUCGAACGAAGAAUUGUCCCAUUCCAUGCCAGCGAAAACAGUUAAUUCAACUUUAAAAACGCAAUCAGAAAAAUCGGGUCCCUCCGAACAGGUCAGGGCAAAAAGCAGUGAAUUAGUUUUCGGACAAACGCCAAAACAAAACACCGCAAAUAAGGUCAAAGGUCACAAGUCAAUCAAGUGUACAAAACGUUUAUCGAAAGAGAUAUAUUACGACAACAAUAUAUCUGGGCUAAUCGAUAAAAGUGAAAUAAAUUGCAACCCAAGGGUGCCUGUCAGACAUGCGGAGUGGGUGGGACGGCUACCUUUGAUUGAAUCUUCAUAUAAGUCUGCAUCGUUAAGAAAAUCUACGACUUUAAACGAUUUCCAGCGAUCGUGUAAGAGAAAUUUUCGGAAGAGUCGUUCAAACCACCGUCCCCGGGACUGGCAGAG